AUGCCUUUGUUCUGGUCUAAAGGAGUUGGAGGCAGAAGAUUCGGUGCAAACAUUACUGCAGAUAGACAUGGUGUCAGAAAACCUGUCUGGCUCAAAGCACCUUUACAACGCAUCUUGCGAUUAGUAACGAGAAACGAUACCAUGAAUUUCUUUGGGAGACGACAUAGGGAUUGAAUGGGAGACAACUUUUGAGUGAGUUUGAUGUGACGGAAAGGCGUUGGCGAAUGGCUUUCGGAUAUCAUAUGAAUCUUCUACAAUCAAGUAGCCUGUUUCAAGAUUGCAAUAUGGCAGUUAGUUUUCAUGAUGGGAUGAGGAAUAGCAUUUAGCGAAUAAUAUCAUAUUGUCACUUCAAUAUAAGGGGGCCGACGACGUGUAUAACGAGUGAAGUGAAGAGUACUCCG